AUGGCCUUUGCUAGGUUACCAGACAAGCACGCUCUCUGGCGAGCGGUCGACUGCGCCAAUGGGCUGGCUGCUCGGUGCAUUUUACCCCUGUGCCGCAACCGUAACCGCGAGGGCAGCUCCUCGGACGACGAAGCCGCUCCAUGCCAGCGCGCCCGUGUGCGUGACAGCAAGGGCUUGCAGCAUCAGGGCGAGCAGAUGGGAGGGGCAGCUUCGAAUCAGCAGCCGGCACCCUCGCGGCAUCAUGCACUGGUCAGCGCAGAAACAGCCAGUGUCAUGAUCGAUGCAGGUUAUUUUUGUGCCGUAGAGCGUGCAGCCCUGUUGGACAUGGGGGAGCGUGGCUUAGCUCCGGCGAAUGGCAACCUUCGCGCCCUCCACUCGGGCAAGACUCCUGAUCUCUCCCCAUCUCGACGUUCCCGGCGACGCUCCCGUCGACUGUCGUUCUUGCCUCAUACACUCCCCCGUCGCCUGUCGCAGCAUCCACGUCGCUGCGUUCCCGUGCUAAACGCAUUGUCGCUUCAGCCUUGGGACCUGGACACCAGCAACCGCAGCCCCUCGCUUGUCUGUCGUGAGAAGCGCGUCUCGACGGAUCGCAUUCGGGGAGCCAUCACGCAUAUCGAACCGUCUGAACCCGCUCCAGACGACACGGCCGCCUCGUCGUGGCGCGCGCCGAGCAUGGACUCGCAGCAGAAGCCGCCGGGCGGCGACGUCAAGCCCCGCCUUACUAAAGAGCAGCAUGACAUCCUCGAGCACCAGUUCCAGCAGCAACACAAGCCCACCACGCUCAUAAAAAAGGGAUUCGCUAGCGAUUUGAACGUGUCCCUCGACAAGAUCAAUAAUUGGUUCCAGAACCGCAGAGCCAAGGUCAAGCAAGAUAGAAAGAAACUAUCCAACCAGCAGAGCAUGCAACUGAACAUGUACGGACACAUGCACCAGCAGCCAGUAAUCCCUGGACACUACCAGCCCCAUGCGAAUCAACCACACCUGCGCAUGCCUAUGUCCAUGCCUGUGCCCAUGUCCAUGCCCAUGCCAACGCACCAGGACUUUUUCCCCGUGACCCCCGACGUUGGCCAUGCGAGCAUCCCCAUCCAAAGCAUCGAGGCCCCGGUCAUAGAAUUGAGUUCCCCAAUGUCGGUGCAGCAACAGCAGUUCAACAUGCAGCAUUCGCUUCGAUCGAUCCCAGAAGCCAAUCAGCCCAUGCCGUACCAUCAAAACACUGUCAUGCAUCAGAUAAUGGCAGCAACCCACGAAGCUUCUCAACAUCACGGAGGAAUGGCUAUCAAUGAACCAAACUAUUCCUAUGACACUUCGGGGCUGCCCCUCGCAUUCUCCAACGACCACACUUUUGCCGUGCCCGCAACCGAGUCUGCACCCUUACAAGAGCAGUAUGAGAGCUUCGCAGGUAUGGGAACGUUGGACUAUUCGGCUCUGGCCGUCACGAACUCGAACACUUCAAGUUCAACAGAAGCUCACAACAGCACUGGGUCUUUGUCGACGGAGUCAUCUCCGUUUUCUAGUGUACGGUCCUGUGCAACUACUCGACCAAUGAACGGGUCCAUUCCUUCUUCAGUUGCGUCAUUAACAUCUGUAUAUUCUGGCUGGACAGACAACCAGGCUUCUGGAGCAGCGGUCAAGCAGGAACCUGAGUACGAAGACAACUUUCUUACACCUUACAACCUUACGCAAGCCUCCGCUUCGGAACAAACCCUGUCUUCUUGGGAUCAAACCGGUACCUACGAUAUGUUUCCACGAUCUGACUUCUACCAUCAACACAAUGCGUCCGCGCAAGCCGUCCUUCCUGGCCAAGAGCAACAACAAACACAUAAGCCCAAUGCGCCUUACCUGGAUUAUGAGGCUCCGACGGUGUUCAAUGAAGACGUAUUCGCGCGAAGAAACUCCUCAACAACAAAUUUAGCAAUCAACAUUGAGGCGAUCAACAUUCGAAACGGCACGCCUGAUGAUUUCAAGCAACCCUCAAAACUCUCCAGUAUUGCUGCAAGGAGGCACAAGCGUCCUGCUGCUUUGAACUCGACUGCAAUGAGGAGUGCCUCAUACACAGCUGGCAUGCACUCCGCUAGCCUGCCGUCUCCAAUAGGUAACAACGAUCAUACUCUUCGAAGGAUCCGCUCAUCUGGAAUUUCAAAUGCUGCUGGUCGCAUUCAAAAGUCUCAGCCAGGUUCGGCACCGCGUUCACCCAUGGCUAUGAACUUUUCGGAUGUUGCUGCGUCGCCGAAGUUCUCAAGGACAUUCUCAUCCUCUCACACCACCAUACUUGGCCCAGGCGGUAGCCUAGCACCCCCCACUCCACAAACUCCUCAGGAAGGAAUACCUUGGCAAGGCAACACAAUAUUCAGACACCAUCCAGUGAUGCCUGAGCACAACAGUCCAGAGAGCAUGAACACAAAUUGGUCUGCUGAACCUCAAUCCGCUGGCAUCUAUUCGAAGGGCGCAUCGCCACAUUCGACACCUUUGAAUACACAUCAACUGAACCACACACACAUUCCCAACGAAAAUGGGUACCACGACUCGCCACCGCAGUCAGCACCAGCUACGCAACAGAAUUUCCAUCAUACGGGUUUCAUACAGUCCCCACACAUGCGCGCUGGAUUCCAUUCGAGCAGUGAUCUCACAGCAGCGGAAUCUAAGCAAUCGCAUUCUAGAAGGCCAUCAUUACCUGACAACGCGCAGACUCAAGUCGACGAGAGUGCGAUGCCGUAUCCGUACCAUGGAGGUCAUAUGAACUUUGACGACCUUAAAACUAUUUCACUCGAUGGUGUUUCUCAUAACUUGCCUUUUGCACCUCACCACUCCUUUGUUCCGGAUUACAUCGUUCAGCCGGAUACAUCGUCGGAGAUGCUCAAUCCAUACAACAACCCAAUUCGGCGAACAGCAGAGCCCCAGCAGAGGAACUACAUAUUUGCCAACCAAGGCCCAGGGGACUUCAAUUAA